ACAAGGUAGUAGAGCAAGUUAAGGUCCUCUGGGCAUGCCUAGAAGCUUCAUUUCUCAGGCUGUGAGAAGAGCAGCAGAAAUUCACAACACUAGAUAUGUUCAACUAUUAAUUAUGCUAAUGUAAUUUUUUAAGUGCAUUUGUCUUCUCCUUUCUUAAGCUUAGAUAACUGCAAGUUGAAACCAAAAUAACAUUUACUUCAAUAGUUGGAAAAAAAACAUUAAAUGGUUGUUUCUUACUUCAGUGGCAAUUGAUGUGAAAUGUUAAAAUGGCUGUUGUGGACAUUUAUCCUGGGUACAUAUUGGUUUUUUCUUAUCAGUUAAGAAGGUGGAUCAGAGUAGAACUUGCCUCUGCAAAUGACUUGAACCUUCCCUCAUGUUUAGAUGAGAAAUAGGUGAUGUGAUAGAUUGAAAGAUAAUUAUUACAAACAUAAAUAGAAAUACUUAAGCCAAAGUCCAUCUCUGUUGUUCAACACAGUUUGAAACCUUUCCAAAGCUCUCCGUUUGUUCCACUCUCUGUCCAGAUGACCCCACACUGCAUGGCCUUCUUUGAGUAAAUAGAUGAAAUUUAAAAUAACUGUUUGUUUGUUUUUUUUUACAGAUAACAAUUUAAAACUGCCAAAUGGAGAAAUAUGAAAAACUGUCCAAAAUUGGAGAGGGCUCCUAUGGUGUGGUGUUCAAGUGCAGACACAGAGAUACCGGCCAGAUAGUCGCCAUCAAGAAGUUUGUGGAGUCGGAGGACGACCCAGUCAUUAAGAAGAUUGCCCUGCGAGAAAUACGUAUGCUGAAGCAACUGAAACAUGUGAAUUUGGUCAACCUGCUGGAGGUCUUCAGGAGGAAACGGCGGCUCCAUUUGGUCUUUGAGUUCUGUGAGCAGACGGUCCUCACUGAGCUGGACAAACACCCUCGAGGGGUGCCCGAGGCUCAGCUGAAAAGUAUCGUAUGGCAAACUCUGCAGGCCGUAAACUUCUGCCACAAACACAAUUGCAUCCACCGUGACGUAAAGCCAGAGAACAUCCUGCUCACCAAAACCGGAGUCAUCAAGCUCUGCGACUUUGGCUUCGCCCGCAUUCUGACCGGACCGGAGGAUGAUUACACGGACUAUGUGGCGACCCGCUGGUACAGGGCCCCGGAGCUGCUGGUCGGGGACACUCAGUACGGACCUCCUGUGGACGUGUGGGCUCUUGGCUGCGUCUUUGCUGAGCUGCUCAGUGGGAAUCCUCUCUGGCCUGGGAAGUCUGACGUUGACCAGCUUUAUCUUAUCCGGAAAACUCUUGGGGACUUGAUUCCUCACCACCAACAGAUUUUCCGCUCCAACGUUUUCUUCAGUGGAGUCAGUAUUCCUGAACCGGAUACAACGGAACCCUUGGAAAAGCGCUUCCAGGGAGUGUCUCCUUAUGCUCUUCAAGUAAUGAAGUCAUGCCUGGUGAUGGACCCCUCGCUCCGGCUGUCCUGUGAAGAGCUGCUGGGGCUGCCGUACUUUCAGGAGGAAGUUGGGGCCACCUGGGGCCGUGAAGGUGAACGCCCAGGAAGACGACAUGACAGAGGCUCCCGACGCAGACAAGCCGGGGCUCAGUACCUGCCUCAGUUGCCACACAGCAACAUCUCACCGGCACCAGACGUAAAGAAACAAGUGAAGCAUAAAUAUCACCUGCCCAACAUCUAACAGAUGGCAAAGCUCAUUUUCAACUGCGUGGCCGGAAAUGUUUAAAAAUGGACUUAUCCUAAGCUUUGUGCAGUCAUUUCAAUACAGUCUUACACAAAGACA